UCAUUUUUCCUGUAGCCUCAGCGCUUCAACAAUAUGAAAGUAAAGCAACAACGACCUUGUAGGUAUGUUGGGCCUAGUACUCCACAACCACUGCCACCGCCACCGCAAAUGAAAUCUCGUCCUCCACUUCCACCUCCAUCUCCACCUCCACCCCCCAUCAUCAAUGAUUUCGAUUGUGCUUUAAUAGCAUCCAAGAAGGUUGAGGUCUCUUGUCACUUCUCUUGUUCCUCCGUGGGUGGUACCACUUCCUUCAUUGCUUGCAGAAAUAAGAAGAAAAAGGCGGAUGACACCACUAUAUUCAACAUCCCCAGAUCAUUAUUGCAUAAGAUAUUUCUUGGGAUACCAGCCCUGACCCUUAGGAGUAUGACCAAACGCGUUUGUAAAGAAUGGAAUGACAUAAUCUCGGACUCAGUCUUCGUCGGAGAUCACUCUAAACUUAAUCCAAGUGGAGGGUUUCUGGUUCAAAAGUUUGUACAUGGUAAAACAUAUCCAUCACAGUCCUAUUUCGCUGAGAUCGGUUAUGACACUAAUGCCGUAACCAUCCAUCCAGCAAACCUAGAAUUCAAAACCGUUAUUGCCAGUUCUGGAGGUUUUCUAUAUAUUGAAGAAUGUGCACCAACUCCAAAAUUCUCAAUUUUGGAACCUGUAAGUGGGAAAAAACUGAACCUACCCCCUUCACCAAAACCAGGUGCAAGUCUUAUGUUUUCAGGAUUUGCACAGGAUCGUAAUACUGGAAUAUACAAGCUUGUGCAUUUUUAUAGUGCCCCUGCCGGUGAAGGUUGUUUUGUCCUAACUCUUGGUGUCGAACGUCAGUGGAGACCUAUAGAUGAUCAACAUUUUAGAUACUACUCCAACCUAAAAAAAAAGACAAUCUCUGCUGGAAGAUAUGUUUAUUGUGCAACUUUCUUAUUUUGUUACUUUGAUAUCUUUACCUUCGACCUUGAAACUGAGGAAAUAUCUUAUUUCCCUACUACAUAUGUAGGGAAUGAUAUUAGCUACUAUUUGCUUCCCAUGGAAGAUUCCCUGUCAUUAGUGGUUGAUUGCAGAAAUUACAUAUGGGGAGUUUGGAAAUUUAAUAACUUUAACCGUCCUGUUUGGGAAAGGAUCUUAGAGAUCGAUUUAUCAGCGCUGAGACUUUUGAUUGAGAGAGAACUUUCUAAAGGCCAUGUUUCCAUUGAACCAAUAGCCUGGUUGAGGAAUGGUGAGUUGAUCCUUUUUCGCCUUACUUAUCCAUCCCAGUGCUGCAUUGCUUAUGAUGUUAGGAAAGAGGAUUCCUUUUGGUUUGAGUUCCCAGAUGAUGUGAAUACUGGAAUAUCAGCAUACUUCAAUAUCAAUGGGAUCUUUUCUCUUAACAAGCCUUAGUCCACCCCCCAGUCUAAAUGGGAUCAUAUUAUUGGUGAAAAACAUUUGUGUGUUGUUGAUGCUGCUGUUAGAGGCCUAGCUAGCUAGCUCUUUUUACUCAAUCAAUUAUGAUGGCAGAUGGAGCUACUUUUCAAAGUGUACUCUCUGUGUAAUGCCUGGACUUUUACUAUUGUGUGUACCCUACUAUUGUUGUGAGGUUUUAAAAUUUGUAUUCGAUAUUCUAUAGGAUUGACAUGGGAAUUCUAUAGGUUUUUUCAUGUUUAAUUACAAUCAUGAGACGACAUUUAGAUCUU